AUGAAGGGCAGAUUUCUGAAGGAGUACCUUAACAAGUGGAAGAAGGUGGGGACAUGCGUCAAACCUUACACUGCCUGUGAGUACUCCGGCCAAUGGGCUUCCAUGCAUGAAAACAGCUCCAUCCCAAGUGACGUCCCAAAGGGUCAUUUGGUUGUCUAUGUUGGGAAGAACCACAAGAGGUUUGUAAUAAAGAUCGCACUACUUAAUCAUCCCCUCUUCAAGGCAUUGCUGGAUCAAGCUCAGGAAGAAUAUGGUUUUAGUGCAGAUUCAAAACUUUGCAUCCCUUGUGAAGAGCAUCUUUUCCUCAGUGUCCUUUGCUGCGCCAGCUCUCCACAGCACGAACAGAUGUGUUUGUGCCUUUGAGAAAUCAAUACCCGUCAAGACUUUUGUUCAAACAGUUAGAGGUCUAACCAGAACAUUGAUAUGAUAUCCGAUGUAACUGAAAUAUCCAAUAUGUUGUAAGUAGACUAAUUAAGGCAUAAUUGUCUUCUAGAUCACUGAUGUAAAUCUAUUCACGAACAUGGAGGAUUCCAUUCUGUUUAUGUUGC